CUCUUCGUAGGUAGAGAGAGAGAGAGAGAGAGAGAGAGAGAGAGGAAGGGAGCACUGAGGAACUCGCAGGCAUAUUAAUAUCAAUGAUGAUCUUAGCAUGGAGGUCAUCAUCACCCCUAUUUCUGAGGAGGUAUAUCUCAUCCUUCUUCCAAGGUUGGUUUUCAUGGUAACCUCAUGUUAUCUAUUUUAAAUCACAACACUGAGGAAAAACAGCUCCCACUUCCCCUCUAAUUUCCCCUCCUCAUCAAUUUGCAUCCACAGAUCACUAUCACCACCUUCACCUCCACUUAAUUUUAUCCAAUACCACACCUACCCUUAUAACCUUCCCUAUUCCACUUAUCCUCCAUUAAGUUUUUAACUAGAGGAGGGGUUCUAUUGUGGGAUAUGAUAAUCAACCCUGAUGCAAACACAUCCCUUACAACAUAAUAAACGCAAAGUGUUGUUGUUGGGCCGGGACAGCGAUUAACAAGAAGUGAAAGGGAUAAUUUCAUCAUGGCUCGACAAUUGUGUGAAGAAAAGUCCAAGGACAUGGCUUCAUCAAGUCAUGGGUUGUUCUACUCAGAUGUAUCAUCCAAUAACCCAACUAUCCAACCCCAUCUGAUGAACCACAUCCAAGGCUUUGUGACCGACCCGGACAUGUUCAACCUCACCACAGGUAUGGAUAUGAUAGGGUUUUCAAAGAACCUUCAGCAACACAGCGAAAGCAACGGUGUCAUGAUGUGGAAAAGUUUCUUCGGCAAACCAGGUCAACUCGCGGGUUCUUCCUCUUCCAAAACGAUGAACGGGUCUUGUAGCAAUUUUUAUAACCAGCAUGCUGAUGCGUAUAAUACUAAUAAGCAAGACUUCACAUCAGGGAUUUCUGAGACAAGUAGCGAGAACUUAGUUGUCGGUGGUGCCCAUGAUUCUGCCCCGUGGCAAGAGAACAGGCUAAUGGUUGAUGAUUCUUCCUUAAGGUGCGUGUUCCCUUGUGAAGGUAACCAAAGGCCCAGUCAAGGCCUUUCACUCUCUCUUAGUUCAACCAACCCUUUAAGUAUUGGCUUGCAAUCGUUUGAGCUAAGACAAACAAGCCAUCAUCAGCAUCUUUCUGAUUUUGUUUCAAGAGAGGGUUUUUUCGGAAAACCAGUCAAUGCUCAACAGCAGCAACAACAAAUGUUGCAAGAUGGGUAUUUGAGUCCUAGCAAAGGUGCAAAUAUUUAUCAGGGACAUUUUCUAAUCAAGAACUCCAAGUUCUUGGUGCCUGCACAGGUCCUUCUGAACGAGUUUUGUAGCCUAGGGACAAAGGAAAAUGAUGUACUACCAAAGCAAAAGUGCUCUCAAAAGAACAAGCAGUGGGAAGAAGGUAAUAGCGGUGGUGGUUCCUCAAAGAACCAUUCUCUUAGCUCUCUAGAGUAUGUGGAAUUGCAGAAGAGAAAGACAAAGCUGCUCGCGAUGCUGGAAGAGGUUGAUAGAAGAUACAAACACUACCGUAACCAAAUGAAGGCUGUGGUGUCCUCCUUUGAAGCAGUGGCGGGUAAUGGUGCAGCCACUGUUUACUCGGCUCUGGCUUUGAAAGCCAUGUCAAGACAUUUUAGGUGUUUGAAGGAUGGAAUUAUGGAUGAAAUUGAAGCCACAAGAAAAGGCAUGGGAGAGAAAGACCACGUAGCGGCAGUACCCGGCACAACAAGGGGCGAAACACCAAGGCUUAGAAUCGUUGACCAAUCGCUGAGACAACAAAGGGCCUUUCAGCAAAUUAGCAUCAUGGAAACCCAUCCUUGGAGACCCCAACGUGGCCUUCCCGAACGUUCCGUUUCUGUUCUUCGAGCUUGGCUUUUUGAGCACUUUCUCCAUCCGUACCCAAGCGAUGUUGAUAAACAUAUCCUAGCCCGCCAAGCCGGUCUCUCCAGACGUCAGGUUUCGAAUUGGUUUAUUAACGCGAGGGUGAGGCUAUGGAAGCCGAUGGUGGAGGAAAUGUAUCUGGAAGAAGAGAAGGAGCAAGAAAACGACGUAGCAUCAUCGGAUAUUAAUGUUCCCGAAGAGGAUGAGAAGCCAACGCAGGAGGCUCCACUCCUUCGAAUUGACUCAGAGUGCAUGUCGUCUAUCGUCAACGACGUCACAAAGAGCGGCAAAACCAUCCAAAACGACAACCAAAUGGACGCAUUCGGGUCGGUGGAGCUUGACUUUUCGUCCUACACGCAUGCGCACCAUUCUUCCGGCGUGUCGUUGACGCUGGGGUUACAGCAGCACGGUGAAAGCGGGGUAAGUUUAGCGUUCCUGCCAGCGGCAACACAGAGCUCGAUGUUUUACCCACGGGAUCAGAUUCAAGAGUGUCAAACAGUUCAGUACUCUCUUUUGGAUGCCGAAGGACAAAACAUGCCGUUUAGGAAUGUCAUGGGGACACACUUGCUUCAUGAUUUGGUAUGAUAUAUCGCAAAGUUUAUUGAGUUCAAUCAUGGAGGACGUGGAUUUAAUUAGGUGUCACGUAAGUAGAAAGUUUAGUUUUUAAUUUUAAUAUAUAUAGUGCAUAGUUAUAUAUAUAUAUUAAUGCUUCCAUAUAGAAAUUUAAGCUACACUUGUAGUUAAUUACAUAAUAUAUACACUUCCUAGUUUCAACAUGCAUUCAUGCCUCCUCUAUUUUGGAAUUUAAAUCUUCAACUGAUCGAUGCAAGAUUAUAUAUAA